CAUAUUUUAUUCAUCGUUUGUUGGGCGCGGAAUUUAGAGUGUGGUCUAAUCUGAUGAUAUUAGUCCAAGUUAUUAGCAUUCGAAUUGUUCUUAACGACGAUGACGAUGACGAUGUUUCUCUUCCUAAUGCGACAACAAAAUGUCAUAUUACAUUAGGCCUUUGCGGCAUUUUUUUAUCUCCAAAAUUGGGUUACCAUUCGCAUAAGUGUGGAAUAUUUGAUCUGCUUUGCUAUAUGAAUCGCUUGCAAAAUGAGCUUGAAAUUGGCCUUAUGCCUGUGCCUGGCACUCUGGUGUGGCAUAGCCGUUGCCAUCGAAGGGGAACCAGCCAAGACAAGACAAGAUGAUUACGAUGAGAUCGAUGACAUCGAAGAAGAAAGCAAUACCAUUGCACUCGCUUCGGCUAUUGAAACUGGUGAAGAAGAGGCGCUGCUGGAAACCGAGACUGCAGCUCUCCAAGGUUCAUUUCCAUACUAUUUAAACAAUCCAUUUAUCGGUUAUCCGCCCUACUUCUAUCCGGGCUAUCCACGACCUGGAUCACAUGGACAUCAUCACGGCUAUCGCCCCUAUUCUGGCUGGCCUUAUCCCGGUUUCUAUUCUCCUGGCUAUCCUGGCUACUCUGGUUAUCCUGGCUAUCCUGGCUAUCCUGGUUACCAGUACCCUGGUUAUCCCAACUAUGGAUAUCCCUAUGCUUAUCCAGGAUAUCCUUAUCCCAAUCUUGGUUAUCCCUUCCGCGGCAGGGAAUCAACUGAAGAUGCGACAAAGAUCUGCUCAAAGACUAUACUAGGCCUAGGAAGAAUUUGCACUACAGUUCAGCAGUUGCAACAAUCGUUCACCCUAAACAUGAACUCAACAAUUGCGCUUACCCUGUUAUUGACACUUUGGUGUGGUGUUUCCAUGGCCAAGGAUGAGAACGAUGCUGUGGUCUACAAGAUGGACGAGAGCAGCAUUCAGGCUGCUGCAGCCUACUAUGCAAGUCCCAGGAGCAUCAAGAGAGUCGCUGCUGGCCAAGGAAGACUUAUUGGACUCAACUGGGGACAAUUGCCCUUAAAGAAUUAUCUCUUUACAAAAAGCGAACAACAUGUUGACAAGGAUGGGGAAUUUGAUUCAGAUAGUGACGAAUAUCCCGAUUUCGAUCCAGAAACUGAUCCAGAGCAGCUUCCUCCUCCACCUCCUUUCUUUCCCAGUGCUCCGAUUUCUGCUUAUUCAGCUUAUGGCGCCUAUGCUGCUUUUCCUUCUCCAUAUCCCUAUAGCAGCUAUAAUGGUUUUCCUUCUCCAUACCCGGAUUUCGUUUACCAAGGUCCGAAUCAAGGAACUAAGUACUACAAUCGUUACUAUUACGGUGCUCCACGCGUUGUCUUCACGCUAAUCACAGAUGGUCUAGGUGACAAUAUGUGGAGACAAGAAAUGCCUAUAAAUACACAAUCCAAAAGAGACAUUAAUCAGUUCGACACAAACACUCAGAAAAUGAGCUCAAAAUUUGUUCUCUGCCUAUUUGCGGCACUUUGCUGCGGCAUUGCCGUGGCCAAGGCUGCUCCAAAGGCCACCAAGAAUGUGCUCAUCUACAAGCUGCAGGAUGACGAAAGCGACGAUCAGGAGCUCUACGACUCUCAGGAUUACUACAGCCACCUGAGAACCGAUCUGGAAGAGGAGGACUCCAAUGCUGUGGCCGACGAGGAGGAAGAAGAGGAGACCGGACGUCAGUACAACUAUCAACCGUACUACUAUCCUCCUUACGGAUAUUCACCAUACUACUAUCCUUACCCACCACCCGGACCACCACCACCUAAACCACCAACUUCAUCAUCUAGUUCAUCAUCUAGUUCAUCAUCCAGUUCGGACACUGAUUCAAAGCCAGCACAUCAUUCGCCACCUCCACCUCCGCCACCUCCACCACCGCCACCACCACCACCGCCAGGCCCUCCUGGACAGUAUUAUCCACCAAGGCCUUAUCCUCCUGGACCUUAUCCACCAGGACCUUAUCCACCAGGACCUUACCCUCCUGGACCUUAUCCACCAAAGCAUGGACACCACCCUGGCUACCCUUAUCCUCCUCCUCCUUCCAGCUACCCUUAUCCUCCAUACUAUCCUGGAUAUCCUUAUCCCAAGCCGCACACCACAACCACAAAGGCUCCUUCAACUGAGACAACUAAGUAUUGCAAAAAGAUCUUCCCCAUUGGUGUGGUGUGCUUGUAGAGCAAUUAUUUGCAUCUCAAAACGAAC